AUGAGAAUGGAUUAUCAUGACAAAGGCACCCAUUUUAUGAGUAUAAAACAGCACUUUUGUUUUAUUACCAAGAAGGGCAAUGGCUGUGGGAAGGGUAGUUGCGGAAAGGGAAGCUUUGGAAAGGGUAAUUGCGGAAAGGGAAGCCUUGGAAAGGGAAGCCUUGGAAAGGGAAGCCUUGUAAAAGGUAGUUGUGGGCAUGUGAGCAAAGCCACCUUCUGUUGCGACGACAACUCCACGAACGCUGACAAUGAGGAAGAGAGUGAGGGCGCAAAAACCGGCAACCACAGCUGCGCAAGUAACGAUGUGAGCGCGUACCACCCGACGGACGCGAGUGACAGCGUUAGAGGCAGCGUUGGCCGCCUGACCAGUCGGAGCACCAACCGCAGCACCAGCCGCAGCAGCACUGGUAGUGCAAUAACCCGCCGCAGCUAUACCAACCGAGGGUCCACUCACACGGGGAAGUUUAAAAGCUCCACAAGUAAAGGCCAUUCGAGGAACAAGCCCAGCAGGAAUAGAAUCAAAAAUGGCAUAAAAAAUGGCGUAACGAAUGGCGUAAAGGGUGCUGGGCGGAAUGGGCGCAAGGGUGGCCCCCGUCCAUUCGAACGGGAUGUACCCCUCAGUGAAAAAAACGACCCGCGGAGUCGUGUCAACAGUGAUGAUCAAACACAGGGUAGCAAUUGGUGCACACCAAAUGGGGUUACCCCUGUGGAGCAAAAAAAUAGGAAUGACAAGGUUAAUUAUUCCCCGUGUUCACAGGAGGUAAAUAGGAAGCUAGCGAACGGUGAAAAUACCCCCACGUCAAUUGUUACCCCCGCAAGUUGUGUAUACGGGGUAGAUUUGCACCCCUGCGUGGAAGAACAAGCUGGGCACUUAUCGAUCGAGGCUAGCAAAAGGAUAAUAAGUGAACGAAGCAGUGACGAAAGUGAUGAAUACAGUGUGGGUAGCGGUCAGCAUCACAUGGGCAUUCUGCACAGUAAUAACACAGAUGCAACGGAGGAUGUGUAUAACCAUUUUUGCGACAGCGGUGCUGACGUGGAUCACACCGACAGUUGUGAACCCCCUUCGAGGCAUGCAUCCCUUUCGAGGACCUCACGGGGUAGUAGCGACAAUGUGAGCAGAGUGAACGACGAGAGUAACGUUGCCAGCGUCACCAAGGUAACUAGGGUCAAUCGCCCCAGUGGCAUCACCCAUGUAAGUGCAAAUGCAAACUGGAAGGAAAGGAAUGGCAUCCCCGGUUGGUUAAGUAGCAUUGAUCCAGUGAGGGGCAGCAGGACCACCCCCCCGAAAGGCGUUGAUCAGAUUGGCGUGAACGCGGUCGAAGUUGACAGCGAUGUGGUCGAAAGGGUCCACGGCACCACUGCCCUUCCAAACGUGGAUGUACCCCCAGCUGAGGAAACCAAGCUGCAGAUACGGAACCCGAAUAACAGCAGCUGCAGGAAGAAGCAAGACAGCAGCGGCGGCAAAGGGGGCGGUACGAACAAGGCAGCAGAUGGGAACAGCAAAGAGGUUAACAAUUAUAGGGGAAAUGCCAACGCCAAUAAUAAUAGCAGCAGCAGCGGGAACAAUAGCAGUAACGGAAACGGAAGUAGCAGCGGGAAUAGGAAUGGGAACAGCAGCCGGGAUAGCGGCAAGGAUGAUGAUAAGGAUGGUCACAGGGAUGGUCGGAGAGAUGGGCGGAAGGAUGGCCAUAAGGAUGACGACAACGAAAGCAAUAAGGAGGAUGACGAAAACGACAGCAAGGAUACCAACAAAAGCAGCAAAGGGGGAAAUCGAAAAAAUAACAGCGCGGAUAGGAGAAAUGACUGCGGCACGAAGGAUAACGCGAUCGGAAGGGGGGACAAGAAAAAGAAGAAUGUGAAGGAUCCCAUGAUGAGUAAAGGCAACAACGGGAAGAACAGCAACAGUGGGGCCACUUCUGCGAACACCGCCAAUAGUGGGGCCACUUCUGCGAACACCGCCAAUAGUGGGGCCACUUCUGCGAUCACCGCCAAUAGUGCUUCCGCCCCUGGGAACACCUCCAACAGUGCAAGUAACAAUGCUGCUAGCGGGAGUGUGGCUAGUAAUACGAAUAGCAGCACCGCCUACCCCUGCGGAAGUGUGGAGAGCCACCAAAGUAAUGUCCUCUCGUAUGCGAACAUCAUUUCGGGAAAAGCAAAGAACAGAACGAAAUGCAACACCGCUUCGUCUGUGGGCAGAAUGAAUGAGUUACCCAAUAAUGUGAAUAGCAAAAUGUUCGGAAGCUCUUCGAACGCUUUUGAUAAUAAUGACAGCUUCAUGAGCAUCGAUGACAGCAUGAACAGUUGCAACACGAGCAACAUGGAGAUGAGGAUGUUUAGCCAGGUGAAUGGGAUGGGCGUGUCAGGCGGAUUGAACGGGAUGGCUAUGCCAAGCGGGCCAGGCGGGCCAAGCGGCCUAAACGGCAUGUACGGCUUAAAUGGGAUGGGCGGCCCAAACGGGAUUGGCAGCCCAAACGGAAUUGGCAGCCCAAACGGAAUUGGCAGCCCAAACGGAAUUGGCAGCCCGAACGGAAUGGGAACCCCAAACGACAUGAGCUCCCUAAACAGCAUGAGCAGCUUCGCCGACCCCCACAACAACGGGGGGGCGUUCUUCAACCUGAACAACAACGAAUUCCUUCACAUGUGCAACAACAAUUUUAACAUGACGAAUGGAGGCAAUAUGGACGGCAACAACCCCAAGUACAUGCACGUGGAAAACAGCCUGGGCAGCGCAAAUGGUAUUAGCGGCAACACAGGUAGUAACGCCCUGUUCAACCCGAGUAAUAAUAACAGCGUGUAUGAAGGGAACUACGCCAUGCAGCCUAUGAGAGGAGGCCCAGGGGGGGGAGGCACCACCCACAUGGACGUAGGAAAUAUAAAAGAGCAUUACAUAAACUACGGAAACAAUGUCAUGAUGCAAAACAGCGGAGAUAUGUUCUACAAUGAACAUAAGGAAAAAAUGUAUCUGCAUAUGACUGGCAAUUUGAGCGUGAGCGGAAAUGGGAGCAAAUUUCACGAAGAGAAGAAAAAUAACGGCUACUUUAUAAAUAGAAGUCUGCAAGAAAAAUAUGAAGAAGAGAAGAUGGUGCAGAAUGGGUACCUCAAAAUGAAUGUGAACGAAUUGGGUAAGCAGGAAAAUGACAAUUUUAACCACAUGGGUAAGAACGAGUGGGUACUUUACAACAAGGAGGGUUUAAAACUAGAUGCAGAGGGUAGCAAGAUGCUCGUGACCAUGAAGGAGAACAUACCAAGUGACAAACAAAUGAACCAAAAUUUAGAGGAUAGUCUCAACUAUAAUGAAGCCAACACCCUGAACUUGCUAAACAUUGCCUUUAAUGAAAUAUACCAAAAUAAAAAAUAUAUGAUUGAGCAAAUUAUUACCAAGAAAUUCAUGUGUAAGCUAGCCAAAAUUUUAAAAGACAUUAACCCGGAGAGUAUCAAAAUUAAGGGAAGGCAAUUGAAGCGGUUGAUACAGAUUAAGAAGGGGCUCGUCAAGAAGGAGGAAAAGGUGGCAGGCAAGGAAAGGACUACCAUCUCCCCCUCUGGAAACGCAAACAAUGGUGAUGGCAACACUCAGGGGAGUGCCGACGGGGCGUCCGAUAAAGUAGCCAAGUUGGAAGGUGGCCACAUUGGGCAGCACGAGGUUCGUGAAAAGGGCACACCGGUUAGUGGCGGCGCGGAGAAGAGGAAGAGCAACAGUGGUAGUAGCGGCGGCGAAGUGGGUGAAACGGGCGAGGUGAACGGGGCGAACGAGGCCAGCGAACCGAAGAAGGAGGCCGAGCCGAAGAAGAAAAAAAAGAAUAAGAAGAAUAACGACAAGGGUGAGAAGGGCGAAAAAGGUGAAAAGGGAGAGAAGAGCGGAAGCCUCAACGAAUCCCACUCCAGCGACGCGAAUAAUGCCAGCAGUGCGAACGGGGUAGGUAGCACUAAUGAUAAGAGCGACCCGAAGAAUAAAAAGGAGGGCGAGGAUAAAUCGGCAGAAGGGAACCCCAACGCGCAAGGCGAAUUGAAGUGCCAAAAUAAGGGCGCUGACCACACCCCCGCCCAGGAGGAUAAGAGUGGCUCGGCUGACAAGCAAGGGAAGAAUUUGAAGAAGGGUAAGGAAGACCCAGCGGUAGAAGCCGCCAGCCCCCAGAAGAAGAAAAAAAACGACUCGAAGGACGCCGCCCAUAAGAGCAACGGAAGUAAAAGCGACGGGGGUGCCAUAAACGAAUUUGGGCAAGAGGAUCUCCCUAACAGUGCAGCAGGUGCAACAAAUCAGCGGCAAAGUGAAUCGCCCAAUUGUGGGCAUAAUGAGGAGGACGUAAAUCCCAUCGCGUUUGCCAAAACGAGUAACGACCACCCAGUGGAGGAAAACACAUGCGUGAGCGAAAGCACAGACGGGGAGUUUUACCUCGACAGCAGUGAUGAAGACGAAAACGAUGACAGCAAGUACAUCACCGGGAUAAACGACCGAUACGAGGAAAAAAAAAUUGAGGAAGAUGUAAUCAUAAGGAGAGACGUUUUCUUCUUUAAUUUGUUAAAAUUUAUUAUAAAAAAAAAAACGUCAGAAGAUAUGCUCAUAUAUUUACACCUACUGAGUGCCAUCAAAAUGGACAAAAUAUUUGACCACAUUACGCAUUUGUCGUGUGAAAUUUUUAACACCUUAUUAAACUUCAUCGAAAUAACGAAGGAUUCCUCAACCUAUAGAUUGCUCUUAAAAAAUUUGGGGGCAUGGAUAGGCAUAAUAACAAUAGGGAGAAACAAGCCACUCAUGUCAAAGCAUAUGAACAUUAAGCAAUUAAUUUUAUAUUCGUAUGAUAAUGGCUACUUGAUUGUCACCUUCCCAGCUGUGUGUAAAAUUUUAGAGAGUAUUAAAAAUUCGAAGAUUUUUAAGCCGCCCAACCCUUGGACCGUUGGCAUUUUAAAUCUGCUUGGGGAACUACACGAAGCGCAGUCGCUAAAGACCAUUUUAAUUUUCGAAAUCGAAUUACUCUUUAACUACUUUAAAAUUAACGUGUUUGAUUAUUACAACAAGUGUAAUAUUAUAAAGUGCCGUAAUUUGCCUAUAAAUACAAAUGACCUAUUUGUUAGGAACAACUUUAAUGAAAAUAACACCAUGGGGGUGAACUACCUGGGGGAGAGUGGUAGCCACUCCGGGGGAUACCUAAACCCAGGGCAAGUGCAUAUGUUUAACAAAUCGUAUAAUGCUUGUGGUAAUUUUUACGGAGAAAAUUUCGUGCAUCAAAAUGGCGGAAGUGGUAGCGCUAAUGGAAGUGCUAGAAAUAAUGAGAGGGGUAGCAGAGCACUGGAGGGAGUCGCCCCCGAUGGAGCAGAUGCGUUCCUACUUGGUAAGGACCCCAGAUUCAAUGGUAUGAAUAAUUAUAACACCACGUCCUCCAUCAUGACUACCAUCAGUAGCAAUAACAACAGCGCGAACGAGUUUGUGAGUCAUAAGAAUGGCAGCUCGAAUUUGUUAAUUAAAAGCAGAAAGGGCGAAGAUCUGAAGGAUGCGAGUAGCGUCAUGGAGUCCUGUGCCCUCAUGGACGCCGUCAACCUAAGCGCAAAUAGCAACGGUAACGGUAACGGUAACGGUAAUGGCAACGUCAACGUCAACGUCAACGUCAACGGCAGUGCUAGCGGCAACCUCCCCGGAAUGAUGACCAGCCUGGGCGCACUCAGCAGUGGAAGUAAAAACGACGCCACCAACAUGGCGUUCAACUCGUCAGUAGAUAUGAUCCUCCUGAGCAACAACGGAGCGGGCAGCGGAAAUAAGAGCAGAUUUAUGAGCUCCAAUUUGACCCAACCCUUGCCCUCCAAAGGGUUCCAAAAAGGCGUAGAAAAUGGAUUCAAAAUGGUGGGCAAAAAUAACAUGAACAACGAAAUGAUGGUAAAGAGUAACAACGCGAUGAAAAAAUUAUCUGCAAGUAGCAACACCAAGGAAGGUCAACCCAUGUCCGUUUUUAAUUACAUGAGUGGAGGUGGUGGGGACCCCACCAAAUUUAACACCCUUAUGUAUGUAGGGGAGAAUGGCGCCCCCUGUGGCGGAGCCAUCGGUCCCAAUGCUGGAAGUAGGGGCGGCGAUUUUUUUCUCCUUCUGAAUAGCGACGGGUUGGCAGCGAAGGGAAAUGGAAACAACAUCAAUGAGGAGGCUCUACUGAAGGAUUUAAAACUUUCCACUAAGAAGAAGGACAAGCUGAAUGAUGCAGAUUUUAAGGAUAGCUCCUACAAAGCGGUGAACUACCUGCUGGGUAAAAAUAAACUCCCCGUAAGCGGCAAAAGUGAUGGGCCGUACAAAAGCAUAGAUUUGAAGAGCGCGAAAAUGCUGUCGAAAAAUGAAAUGUAUGAAAGUCCGAAGAAGGAAUCCUACGUGUCGCCUCCAGCGAGUAGCUUGAACAUGAAGAACAGUUUUGGAGAACCUCCAUCUGGUGUGAAGGGUGCUGGCGGCAUGCCUGCCCCCCCGCUUCCCCUGCCGUUGCUGGAUAAGUUCAAGGCUGGCGAGCAGAUCGGGGUGAACAUUCCCAGCGGUGUUGGCAGCAUUUGUAGCGUUGGAAGUGUAGGCAGUGUAGGAAGUGCUGGAAACGUCAGUGCGGGCAUGUCCAAGGGUAAAAACGGAAGCAAUGGAAAGGCCAGCAUGCUAAGCAUGGGUAGUAGUGCUACUGACGGGGGAAUCAAAAACGCGGUGCCCUCCUCUGCGUAUAGCUUAACGGGUGACUUGAAUCAAAAAAUGCAGAGCACACCGAUGUACCAGGAAAACGUGAAUAACAACAAAUUUAACGAAAUGCUAAACGAAGAAAUAUUAAACAUUUUGAAGAAGAACAUAGUGAUUUCUACGAACAUUGUUGCAGCGGUUAAGUUAAGCCCAAAGUGCAAAGCGCUAAUUUAUUUAGCCUUCGACUCAGCCAUCAAGGAAAUAAUCACCUCCGUUGUCGACCGGUUUGUCCUCAUCGGGUGUAUAACUACGAGAGAAUUAGUUAAGAAAGAUUUUGUGAACGAAUCGAAAGAGACGAUCAUGCAUAAGGCGUCCCUACUAAUGGCCACGAGCAUCUCCUCCUCCCUCGUUCUAGUAUCCUGCAAAAAACCGCUAAGAAACAUUUUAAUACAAAAUUUGAGGAGCGUUUUCGACCAAAACUGCCCACCAGAAGUGAGUACCACCAUUGUAGACGAUGUCGUGAAAGCAUUAAUUAAUGAAAAUAUAAAUUUAAUUUAUUCUAUAAUAGAACAAGUGGCUAUCGAAAAAUCCUCCAUCGAAAUUGAAGAAAUUAUGAAGCCCAUUUAUGCCUCCAGAAAAUAUGCACGCAUUCACAAAUUAAACAUUAAGGAAAAUGCCAACAAUAAAUACUACAACGCUUUGCCCAUUUUUCUGAAGGCCCAUAAUAUUACCCUGAAGCACAUUCAGGUGUAUAAGAAUUUUAUGAAUUUGAAGAUUUUGUCAAAUUUGCAGCAGAAGUUGUUUUCGCCUGGGGGCGUCGAUCACGAGGGGGGCUCCAGUGAGAGUGAGAACGCCCCCCCGGGGUAUGUGGGCGGUGUGAGCUACCAAGGUGCGGGGCACUACCAGAAUGGCGGUAACUACCAAAGUGCGGGGAACUACCAAGGUGCGGGGAACUACCAGCAUGUGGCGAACUACCAAAAUGUGGCGAACUUUGCUAGCGGUGGGGCUAACUACCAAACUGCGGGGAACUACCAACAUGUGGCGAACUUUGCUAGCGGUGGGAACUACCAAGACGGCUCCAACGGGGUGGGCGGCCCCAACGGAGUAGGCAUCCCCAACGGAGUGGUCGGCGCGAACUACCAAAGCUACCAAAAUAGGAAGAACAGCGAAAGCGUGCCGAGCGAAGCGCCCGCGGAGGCCCCCUUCUACAACAACAAAAAGUACAUUUCGAAUCCGCUGGAUGGAAGGAACGAAGAAGCGGCCAGAUAUUCGAAGGAGCCCGAGGGAGAGUAUGGCAAGAGCGGCCCACUCAAGACCAACCGCAAGGAGGACUCCAAGGAGGACGGCGACAAGGCGAAUAGGUACCUGGGCGAGAAGUACUACGGUGAAAGCGGUGCAGACAAUGAGAAGAACGGAGGGAGCGGAGGCAGCGGUGGAAACUGCGGCAACAGCGGGAACGGCGUCAUCGGAGGAUCGGCCCAGAAAAGUGGAACUCAGGCGGGCCCAGGUUUCGCAGGCAACGGAGCGAAGUACGCGCACGGGAAAGGCAACGGCUCGAAAGAUGGUGCGAAUUUUCACCUAGGUAAUAAUAUGAAUAGUAACAAUAACUUAAACUGUGUGAAUAACUUGAAUGAGAUGAAUGAGCUUAAUGAGCUGAACGAGCUGAACCACGUGGACAGCAUGAACAGCAUGAAUCGUGUGAGCAGCGUGCACAAUAUGCAUCACGUGAAUCACGUGAAUCACGCGAAUAACGCGAAUCGUGUGAAUUAUGCGAAUCACGCGAAUCAUAUGGUGAAUGCCCCCACUGUUAGCAACCCUAAGGGUGCCAGUGGUGUUAAUAGCGUUAGUGGCGUCAGCGGUGUUGGUACUGCUAAUAGGGUUAACUGGGCCAACGACGCGAAUAGUGUUGGUACUGCCAGUACGGUUAGCGCUGCCGGCCUUAUUGGCAGUACUAGCAGUAUUAACGCUGUUGACCGGGUUAACCAUAUUAACAGUGUUAACAGUGCCGACGGCAUUAAUAAUGUUAGCAGCACUGACGGCGCCCGCGGGGGUAGCGGCACCCACGGGGAAAGCGGCACCCACGGGGCUAACCUCGUGAACCACUAUAAUUCACACAACGCCCCUAACCCUAUGUAUAUAUUUAAAUCUCCAAAUAAUUAUAACUGCAAUAAUAAUGAUUACAAUUUUAAUACAAAUAAUAGGUAUGUGAACGUUGAAAACUAUAACAUCUCGGGUGGCGCUCUGGGGAAUAAUUACUUUGGGAAGGAUGAACACAGUGGAAAGAAUUUCUUCCAAAUGGAUAUCAGCGAGCAGUCGAGACAUCAGAACAACUACGAGGACGGAAGUGGCAGCUGUGGACUUUCUCCCGGAGCUGCAUCUGCGCCAGCGUACGCGAUUCCGCUCGCCCCCUUUCCCGCUUCUUCUCCCAACUUUGCCGCGACUUCUCAUAACUUCGCUUCUUCUCCCAACUUCGUCGCUUCUUCGCCCAACUUCGCCGCAUCUUCUCCCAACUUCGCCGCAUCUUCUCCCAACUUCGCCGCUUCCCCCACCACUGCCACUUCUGCGCCCAAGUUUACACAGGGCGACUACGCCUGUAGCAUGCCCGUCACGAUCAGCAACCUGAGCGGAAGCCCAAACGCGAUGAUAACUCCCCACGAAGAAGAAGCCUUUAACAACUUUGCGAAGCAUGAUCAUUACUUGGAACACCUCAAGGGCGGAACCAUCAGCACGGACAAUGGGAGAAAUCUGAAAAGUGGCAUUUUCACGCAUAAUGAAAGGAACUCAAUUUUGUGUGCCCCAGAACAGGGCAACAGUGGCAGCUACUCCAAAAUGGACCCUUCGAUGUGCAGGAAUGUGAACGGCGCCGAGGGCGCGGGGAAGCGCAACGCUGCCGCGAUGAUGCAGGGGGUGGAAGCGGAGCAGAAGGGCAGCCCCGCUGCUGGCCAUAACGAGGUUAGCAAUGUUAGCGGUGUUGGCGGCGUUAGCGCGGUUAGCGGCAAUGGUGAUAGUGGCAAUGGUGGCAACGCCGCGGAAAGCGGACAGCGCAGAGACGGAGCCAUCCUGUACCUGAAGAAAAUAAAAAACGUGAACAUCUCGUGCAAGCAAAAGUUCCUCUUCUUCAUAUCGAAUCUAUUCCUAAGAGAAGGCACGAACAAAAUGAGCGUAAAAGAAAUAAUCCCCCUUUUUGAAGUUAUCAUGGUAAGCAUUAAAGAUUUUGUGACGUACAUAAGAGCCUUCCCCCCCUCCAUGCCAGCAGUUCAUAACUUCAAAAGCUACUGCAAUGUGAAGACGCCGUAUUAUAAAUUCGAAAAAUUAACAUCUGCUGUUACGCACUCCCUGUUGGUACUAACAUACCUUUCGACUGACCAUGAAAUUUUUAUUCUUUGCAAGCUACUAAUUUUGAUAUGCGAAUCUGCUGCAGAUAGGAAUGAGACCUACAAAAUUAUAGGCACCAAACUGUUUAAGAUUGUUCAGGAGGCCAUAAAGAGGAUGCUUGUUCUGUUAAGUCGGGGUGGGCAGAGCGCAAGGGAGGAGACCCCCAGUUUGCUCGCCUCCACUGGGAAGGAAGGCGAAAGUAGUGCUAACGGUGUAAGUGGCGGAAGCUGCGGUGACGAUAUUAGCGGCAACCAGCGCGGUAAGGAUGACCCACCCUUCCAAGGCACAACGGAUGGAAGCGCUUAUGAGGACAAAUCUGCGAACACCCACCCGGGGAACUUCAACGAACGGUCCCUCCACCUGGAAGUACUCCUAUGCAUAUUGGAGCAAAUGUGUAGAAAGAGCAAAGAACUGAGGAAGUUGGUUACCUCCUACAUAGAGGACACCCAGAGCUAUAACGUAAACCACAUGGUCCCAUUCAUCCGAUAUAAUAUCAUUCAUCAUAAGGAGCUAAACAAAAUGUUGUGUAAAAUUUCGAAGUAUAGUAAUAACCUGCAUUUUGUUGCAUUUUGCACGGAGCUCAUCACCCACGUAGUUAUUAAGAAGAAGUACUUAGCAGUGGAGCAUGUUAAGAGGACCAUUAAAAGGCUAAUCAUUGUAAAUAAAAUGUUUUGUAGUGACGACCACCAUGCUUACUUUUCUUCUGCGGAAGAGGCCCUUCUGCAAAGCACCAAAAGGGAAUUGAAGCAAAUGUUUGAGGGGCUCAAAUGUUUGAAGAAGCAGGCCAGGGAACCACAAGAAGGGGAGGACUCCGUAAAAAUGUGCGUCAAUCUGACGGAUUAUAUAUUCCCGGAGAAGGGACGCAGAGAAAAGGCACGGAAGGAGAAAGGUGCCCAUCGCGCGUGUGAAGGUGGUGAAACGGGGGAAGCAAAACAGGAGGAGCUACAUCGAACGAAUGGUGAAGUGGAUGGAGAAUACCCCCCUGAGCAGCGUAGCCGUAAAGAAGACGCAGGCGCGUCAAACAAGCGUGAUCAACAGAAGGAACAGACGAUUAAGGGAGAAAACAAACAGACGGUGCCCAUUUCAGUGACCCAGCAAAAUAGCAGCCACGAGUGCGCGAAUAAAUCAUCGGACACAUCCGCGGAGAGCAAUUUCAACCCGCCCAACGCGGGAAACUCCUUUCUUAUUGGAAAUGUAAAAAUUCAGUAUGACCAUAACAACGUGGGCGAGCGCACCAUGUAUUUUUUGGAAAGACUGAGCGUAGAAAAUAAAACCAUCAACGCGGAGAAAAUGAUAAGGAAAGAAAUUGUGAGCAGCGAUUUGAACAAAGAAGGCGACUGUGCAAAGGGGGGAGGCGCAAACAGCGAAAGCGCAAACGGCGAUAAGAAGGAACAACACAUCAACCAGCAUUUAAAAAAUGAAUCUGCGGUGAGCGUAAAUCGUAGCACUGUUGAGAGGGAGGAUGGAAAUGUUAGCAACUUCGAGGAUAGUGCCGAACAGGGCCAAAAUAAAACCCAAGAGAAGAAACUUUGUAGCUCCUCCUCAUUGUACUCUAUCGAAUUGAACGACUCAGAAAUGUCAGAUUAUUCUUCGUCCUCCUCUAACUCGUUUUCGCUAACCAGGCAGGGCGAAAAGGGAGAGAAAAAAAACCACUACAAUGGCUCAUCUUCAUCUAGCUCCUCCGUCGUCUCAUCCAUGUCCAGCGCGUCCGCCCUAAGCACCUUGUCAGCCUCCUACCUCGCCAUGCAGUCAGAAUUACAGAAGAACACAAAUUUGAAGUUCCCCGAGAGUCAGAAAAACAACCUAAUAAAUUACAUCCCCAGCGUCAAACAAAGCAACGUGAAUGAUAAGCCCCCAGAGAAGUACAUGCAAUAUUACUACGUACGCGAUGUGUUAUACGAACCAGUGAGGUGUAAAUUUUUGCCUGACCCUCCUGUAGUGAAAGAAGAGAGGGGGUUAUUCAUUGCUUGCCUUUUUGCGGAGUGGUUCUUUUUGUAUAAGAAUUAUUUAAACAUUUUGAAGAUGAGCAUUUGGAACCCCAUGUUGGAGAUCAUCAAGCAGCAGCACAUUUCAAAGUGUGUGAAAUAUUUGGUGAAGCUGUGGACCAUUGGCUUCCUUGGCAUGGACCACCUCACGGACCAGUUUCUAUAUCAUUCGAUUAGCAUUUCGGUUAACAUAGCUGUGCAGAAUGUGGAGAAGGAGGCGCGCGAUGUCAAGUUGGGUGACACCCAGAAUGAGGGAAAUGCAAACCGUACGGAGGAACAACCCGUAGAGGGAGAUGCGCCGCGCAAAGGGGACGCAGCGGAGGUGAGCCAAACGGACGAGCGACAAUCACAUUUGAAAGAAUCUCCCCAGGAGACGCAACAAAAGGGCGAACCUACCCGAAGUAACGACCAGUGCAACCGCAUAGCACCCAAUGAGGGGGAAACAGAACUGACGAAUGAACACUCCGUGAAGGAUAAAACGAACGACGCUGAGUUGAGAGAAACCCACCAAACGAGCGACUUACUAAAUUACAGCUACGUGGAUGCCUGGUGCAAAAUGGUCGUAACGAUGAGCAAGCUAGUAGACCAAGAACAGCUGUCCCCAGUAAUAAUCCUACAGAGGGCCCUCCAUGUCAUAUGCAGAGUGAUACACAAAAAAUGCGAAACGGAAAAAAAUAAAUUCAAUCAGAGACCCUACUUUAGGCUACUACACUGUUUGCUGGUUGAUAUUCACGAAAGUUGUGUGCAUGUAAAUGACAUGCACAUUUAUAUGGACUGCUUUGCGAGCUGCUUUUCCUUAUUGUCCCCGUUGAGAGUCCCAUCAUUUUGCUUCUCAUGGCUAGAGCUGAUAUCGUCCAAAUAUUUUAUGCCGAAAAUGUUGGCCAGGAUUUGUGGCUGGGAAGCAUACAAAGGGUUGCUCGUUGCCUUGUUCACCUUUAUGAACUUUUUUUUAAAAAAGGUAAAAAUAUCCAAAGCGAUAGAAGCGUUGUACCUAGGAACAGUAAGAAUAUUGCUGGUGCUGCUACAUGAUUUCCCAGAUUUUUUAUCCUGCUAUUAUGUAACCUUCUGUAGUUUAUUUCCGCUGAAUUGUAUCCAGUUACGAAACCUUGUUCUGUCCGCCUUCCCAAGAAACAUAAAAUUGCCUGACCCGUUCAUGUCGGAUGUAAAAAUUGACUUGUUACAAGAAAUUAAAUUAGCGCCAAAAAUUUUGACAAAUAUCAUAUUUCCUCUCUUCAAAAAGAAAUUAAAAAAUGUAAUUGAUGAGUAUUUUACCAAUCGGGAUUUUACUCUACUCUUGCGUAUUAAGGACAAAUUAUUUUUUUCGAAAAGGAGGACAUAUCAGUACUCUGCAAAGUAUGACGUGGACGUUUUAAACUCCCUCAUUAUGUACGUGGGAACGAGCAUUUGUAGAGCCAAGGUGAAUAACAUGUUCAGAUUUAACAGCAACUGCGACCCUGUGUUGUUACUCAAAUGUGAAGAUAGCAAUGGCAAUGUGGCAGAUGAUCAAAAUGGAUUGCUUCAAGAAAUUGUUCUGCGUGACCCUGUGAAGAAGAAAAAAAAAAAAAAAAAAAAUUCCUUUUCCACGGAGAAGCAGAAUAAAGAACAAAAAAUACCUAAGGACCAAUCGGAACCCAACUUGUCCAAAAAAUAUGUAGAACUUAUGAGGGAGAAGAACGAGGGGGAAAAUGAAGGGCAGGAAUUUUCCGAUAGCUGCGAUGACGAAAAUGGGGAAGCUCUGGUGAUGGAGCUCCUGGAUGACGAUGGCGAUAAUGAGAGUGACCACCGCGCAGAUGCAGUUUGCCAAAGAAGGAAGAAGCGAAGGAACGUUGCUGUCGUGAAGAACAAUUUGGCCUACACUCUCUUCCUGUUUUUAUGCAAAGAGCUGGACAUGGAGGGGAGGUACUUGCUCCUGUCAAAUAUCGUGAAUCAUAUUAGGUACCCCAAUUCGCACACCCACUAUUUUUCUUGCCUCAUUUUAUUUCUGUUUUCGCAAUCGAACGACGUUGUCAUUCAAGAGCAGAUAAUUCGAGUGCUGCUGGAGCGCAUCCUCGCGCAUAGGCCUCACCCCUGGGGAUUGCUCAUAACCUUUAUCGAGUUGAUCAAAAACGCAAAGUAA